AGUGAUACCAAUACAAGCCAAAGUACACUAUCAGAGCCAACCUUCAAAUUCAGUAGUUGAAUUUUGGACAUCAUAUAUUAAUCAUCUCCGAGUUUCCCCGAGGAGAGCAUUUCACACACAUGUGAAGUGCAGCAUGUCCGAGGGUGGACGCUGCGUUGUGACGGCGAGGAGGAGGAACUUCGACAGGAACGACACGCUCAAUGAGCUCAUAAAAGGUCGUCUUGAGCAAGAACAUCUAGUGGCCGUACUGGAGCAACGCGCACAGACGUUGGAGUGUUUGCAACGAUGUGAAGAUGAGCUACUUAAUAAAGUGAAGACAGCCAAGAAAUUACUCACAAACCUUGUUAAUUCUCCAAAGGAACAAGCUGCAGAUCAAAAUGUUAAAAAAGCAGAGAAAGAAGCCAACGAGAAAGAAGUCGAGAUGAAGAUGCUUAAGGAAGAGUACACACAAAUGCAGCACACAAAACAGGAGCUCCUUCUUCGCAUGCAAAGUUAUACAGUUCAUCAGGACUACAUGCAGCAGGUGGUAAAACUAACUCGGUUUGAAGAUGAAGCAUCUCUAGCAGGUCAUCUGGAGAAUCUUCUUCGCAUCAGGGAGCAGCUUUGUGAGAAGCAGAGGUUAGCAGAAGAUCAGAUGGACCAGCAGAGGAAAGCCCUGCUGACCUUUAACAGCCAGCAUCACAUGAUGCUUCUGCAAUGCAACAAUCAGCUGGCACAGAUGCACCGCAAACUGGAUAGGGCCCAUUCUGAAGCAGAACACUGGGAGACAAAGUGGAAGCACAUUCACAGCACUGCAGCCAAGGCAACGCUCUUACUGGGACAGAUCAAGAUGGCGACACUCAACCUCUACGAGUUGACGGGCGGUGACAUGGAGGGAGAGAAAGGUGUCCCUCUGAAUGACAAUGACACACAACUGGACAAGAUCAGGAUGUUCAUACAGGACCACAAGGACAUUGUCAGACAACAUCAAAGUAGCUCACACAAGAAUGAUGCUGAGAUGAUCAAACAUUACAGUAUUUAAUUUUGACUUGUUGUGUAUUAUUGCUUUUAUUUCUUUAAUUUCUAAAUCUACUGUGUGCAAGAUUUUUUGUAUACUUAUGAAAUGGUGGAUGCUACAGUAUAUGGAAUCACAUAAACUUGUUAUGAAAAAAAAUGUCACAAUGUAUGUAUACUGUAUCUAAAAAAAGACAAUUCGCAUUUAAUUAGCAAAUAUGACUUCCAAAAAUAUCAAGAUACAGCAAGGCAUUUCCAUAAAACAGGCAUUUUCUGUUAUUGUUUGAAUCAAGUAUGAUCCCUCUAAACAAAAAAAAUAUACGUACGUCUGAAAUAAUCUUACCUACAAAAUCUUAUCAGAUUGCUGAAUUCUAAAGGAAUCUAAGACUUUUGAGAGGUAUAUGUAUACAGCAAAAGAAAUUCAACAUAUUUCGAAGAAAAACCUAGAAACGCAAAAAAAAUGAUAUCUGUAGUUUGCAGAGAAAUACUUUUACAGAUCUCUGGUACAAAGUUUAGAUUGGGUGGAUAUCCACUUUUUGAGUUUUCAGGGUGAAUUUAAAAUGCUUAAGAUUUUGUCUGUUUUUUGUCCUACAUUAUUAGAAAAUUAACUCAC